AUGACAAGAGUUAGACGUGGAUAUAUUGCGCGGAGGCGUCGAAGGAAAAUUCGUUUAUUUGCAUCAAGCUUUCGAGGAGCUCAUUCAAGACUUACUCGAACUGCUACUCAACAGAAAAUAAGGGCUUUGGUUUCCAGCCAUAGGGGUAGAGGAAGGCAAAAGCGAGAUUUUCGUCGUUUGUGGAUCACUCGGAUAAAUGCAGUAACCCGCGAGAAUGGGGUACCCUAUAGUCGAUUAAUACACGAUCUGCGCAAGAAGCAGCUCCUUCUUAAUCGUAAAAUACUUGCACAAAUAGCUAUAUCAAAUAGGAAUUGCCUUUACAUGAUUUCCAAUGAUAUCCUUAAAUAA